UACAAGAAGAUUGCUGAUGUACUCGCGAGCAACGAGUUCAAGGAAAAGAACGCGUAUAGAGUGUACCAAAACAUGCAUCACGGCUGGGCGGGUGCUCGUGCAGAUCUAGAGAAGGAAGAUAACCACAGAGAGUUUACUGACUGUCUUGUGACCUGUAAGCUACCCUCUGACCUUGAGCUAAAUAUAAGCCUGCCGGCCGAACUGUCGUCAGCACGGCUCGGAAACCGUAUAGCUCGGAGACAAUUUAGCUCGGAACCAAUAUGGAGUGAGGGAUCGAUUCUGCCUACUUUGAUCUACCCCACAGUCAUGUCUUCUUCUAUCCCUUUCACAAGUGAGGCCUGCCUUCAAAUACCAGCCGUGGAAAGUUCCUAUCAACCCAAAGGAGUCUAUGUCUCACUCGGAGAAUUCGAUCAAGUAUAUAAGGUUGGCGAAAAGUCCUCCCUUGCUAUCAUAGGUGAACAUUACUUGAUCCCCUCUGUGGAGACUGAUUUUACUUACUCCUCUGCUCUCUUCAUCUCAGCGGUAUACGACGUGUAG